GAGCUCGCUCCGCCUCUUUUCUCUCGUUUCCUUGUCUUUAGCGUGGACCGUUGACGGUCGGCGACCACUGACUCAUACAUCUCCACUCUCUUGUCAAUAUGUACAUCUUCUCCGCUCUCCCUUCCUUGACGCUGGGAGCUACUUCGGCGGCGACCACUGCCCAGCUAGCUGCUCGCCAAAGCGGAACUCAGGUCAUCACAUCCUGUGCGAACUCGGGUGAUGCAGCGCUCACUUUCGACGAUGGUCCAUACAUCUACGAGAAAGACAUUGUGGAUACCCUGGACGCUGCAGGCGCCAAAGGCACAUUCUUCCUCAACGGCCAGAUGCAGCGAUGCAUCUACGACAACGACAUGGUCGACAACCUGCUCUACGCGUACAAUCGUAGUCACCAGCUGGCAUCGCACACCUGGAGCCACCCGCAUUUGACGCAGUUGUCUGCAGAUCAAAUGAACCAGGAAAUGCAGCGCGUCGAAGAGGCCCUACAGAAGACUGUCGGCGUAGUACCUGCAUUCCUCCGGCCUCCGUAUGGGGAUACGAAUGACCAGGUCACUGCCGCUGCAUCCAGCCGCGGGUACAGUGCUUUGGUAGUCUGGAACUUUGACUCUAACGACUGGGCGGGCGCAUCCGCCGCCACCGUCAAUUCCAACUACGAUAGCAUCGCGUCUCAGCACCCUGACUCGAUUAUAACCCUCAAUCACGAGACGAUUGAACAGACAGCCCAUACAACCCUCAUGCACGCUAUCCAGACCCUACAGUCCGCAGGAUACAACCUCGUCACUGUGGCAGAAUGUAUGGGUUUGGAGCCAUACCAAAGCGUUGGGGAGCCUUCCACCCGCGACAGUACUUGGACAUGCUGAGGUACUUGCGGCAAGCCGUCGUCGAGUGCGGCCGGGAUACCAAUGAACAAGCACUUUGAUCGUUCCGGUAUUUAUGCGAUUUGUGGUAUGUACAAGACAUCAGAGGUGUAUCCGAGGGUUUGCUACAAGAUAUGGGAACGACUGGCUACACAAGGACUUCUACGAUUUCAAGGACGCCGGCAGAGCCGGAACCAGGGAUGUCGGAAACUUCACCACCAAGCUGCCGCGGUCAUGGCGCUGGACCACCCCCGCGAUGCCCUUCGUCAAGUCACGUCCAGCCUGAUGCAAGCCACCCCAACUGUCAACCAUCGUACGACAGUGGUCCGCAUACUCCUCCUGCAAACCAAAGAUUGCCUCGUAAUGCUCGCGGCUGCAUCAUGAUGAGCCUUUGUAUCGCUAGCAGACAUUCAAGAGCGCACCUCUCUUGUUGCAUAGCACGGAAGUCGUCGGCAGCGUCCUUGAGCAUUGCGUACCUGCCGAGGCGGAC